AUGGGUCAGCAGUUCCUCACAGAGAUCCUCCGGACGUGGGAACAAAUCAAGAAUAAUGGUCAGGAUGUCGAAAUUGCCUGGAUACCCUCGCACGAGGGAGUCGAAGGGAACGAGCUCGCGGACCAAAAAGCCAAGGAGGCCACAGGCUGGAGGAUAGUGCGGAACAGACGCGGCAGGACAACCCAGGCUGAUACCGACAACACAGCCAGGAGAUUGACGGACCUCAAGGUACCGCUGACAUGCCUAUUAAGAAUAAUCAGCUCCCAUGUGUACGCGAGGUGGGAGAAGGAGUGGCGAGAGGAGUCCAGAGGACGCGAUCUCUACAAGCUGGCGGAAACACCGUUCAGAGGGAUCGUAAGCCUGCACGCGAAACUCUCCCGGCCUCUAUCCUCCAUCUUAACCCAGAUGCGGACGGGAAAGAUAGGGCUGCGAGACUACCUACUCAAUAUCAGAGUGCCCCAAGUGGAAGACGACGUCUGCCAGUGCCUGAAAGGGAGGGAGUCGACAUCACAUCUCCUAAGAGCAUGCCCAAUUUUCAAGGACCUGAGGAGGGACAUAUUGUGGCAAGGCGAGUGGACGACCGACCUGAAGAAAAUGCUCUCACAUAAGAAUUAUGCGCCAAAGGCUGCAAGAUUCAUGCUGCAUACAAAGCUUCUUGGACAAUUUCGAAGCGUAGAAACGGAGGCUUAG